AUGUUGAAAGGAGUCGCUCGCUUCGAAGACGAAUUUCAGUGUUGGGUCACUAGCGGGGAAUCGAUAUCGAUGUUGAAGUUCAAUCUGGAUGAAACUGAGCGUGGUGCCGCAGGAUUUGGCUCUACAGGAGUUAGCAUGAAUGCUGAAAACAAUACAGCGGAACCCAGGAAAUCAUCUGAGCAGAAUGAGAAAUUGAUGGAUCUCGACUCUCCUGUAUCUCCGAAGAAAAGAAAGGCGUUGUCUGAAGUCGAUGCAAACUAAUAUGCCUCUAGUGCCGACGGGUUCUCCUCGAAGACUGCCAUGAUUCUCAAGCUUCUUUUGUUUGAGAAUGCAUAAUUUUUUUUAAAUUUCGUACCCAUUCCGCAGGCAUCGUUUUACGAUUGUCGUUCAGAAAGAAAUCUUGAAAGGUUGAAAAA